AUGCCGCCAGCCAACGGAGGUCGAGAACGACGAUCUUCCAAAGAAUCUGAUAAGAGGAGGCCAAAGUUCCGUGUUCGAGAGGGAAACACCGUGCAAGAUUAUGCUGACAGUCACAAACUAAACUCCCGUCAUCUAAGUCAAUACCUUGCUAGUCAUCCUGCACACUCCCGUCCUGCCGGCAACCGCUCAAACUCAGAGCCUGUUCAUCAAUCCCCACUUGCUCUAAAGCCUAGACACAACGGUUCUCUUACCAACGCGAGCUGUGAUCCACAUUCACAUUCGGAGUCUGCCAUUGGGCAUUCACAGAUGAGAAAGAAAUCCUCGCCCCUGAAGAAGGACAAGAAGAAAGACAAGGACAAUCGGGACUCCCAUCCUCUCAAUCUUCCACCAGACGAGUUGCGGAGACUUUCCGCUGUCAUGGCUGCGCAAGAGGGCGCUCGAGGAGAUCCUAUGGAUCUUGACAGUAAUGGCCCAUUUGUUUCACAAGAAACUGAGUCACCAGCUACGCCUGUUGGCACAGCGCCCGGAGCAUUUCCAGAAAAUGCAAACGGCACAGUGAACGGCGUCAAUGGGGAUCAUGGAGAUGAAAAAAGUCCUACACCGCCACCACACCGAGUGCCAAUUCCAGAGAAGGCUUCCAUCGAUGCUGAAGCCGCCAAAACAGCAGGUAAUAAAUAUUUUAAGGCCAAGGAUUACUCCAGAGCCAUUGCCGAAUACACAAAAGCUGUCGAUGCUCAGCCGUCAAACGCAACAUAUCUGUCAAACCGUGCCGCUGCCUACAUGUCUGCAAACAAUUUCCCAGCUGCGCUCGCAGACUCAUUAAAAGCCAACGAGCUCGAUCCAGGAAAUCCCAAAAUACUACAUCGGCUCGCUAGAAUCUACACCUCUUUAGGCCGUCCACAGGAAGCAAUAGAUACAUAUUCCAGAAUAGAAGGGGGCGUUUCUGCGAAAGACACAGCACUAGCGCAGCAGACAUUACAAGCUAUCCAAAAUGCUGAGCUGACUUUAAAGGAUGAGAAGGGCUCAGGCAACAUGGCUAUCUUCGCCCUUGACCAGGCCGACAAGUCCCUUGGUUAUUCUGUGUCUCGGCCUCGGAAAUGGCAGCUGUUGCGUGGUGAAGCUUAUCUCAAGAUUGGAUCCCUUAAUGCGCUCGGCGAGGUACAAUCUAUAAGCACGUCUCUCAUGCGGACCAAUUCUACCGACGCUGACGCCCUAGUCCUCCGUGGCCGCGCUUUCUAUCAAACUGGCGAGAAUGAAAAUGCUUUAAAACACUUCCGGCAGGCCUUGUCCUACGACCCCGAUCUCACUCAGGCGCGUACACUGCUUAAGACGGUGCAGAAGCUUGACAAAGCCAAGGCUGAUGGAAAUGUUGCCUUCAAGUCUGGUCGAUACUCGACAGCUGUCAAGCUCUACUCUGAAGCACUCAUGGUGGACCCAAGCAACAAGGGAACUAAUUCCAAGCUCCUACAGAAUAGAGCCGCGGCCCGUAUGAAGAUCAAAGAAUACAAAGAAGCGGUUGAAGAUUGCGACCAAGCCCUCAGACUUGAUCCCACAUAUACCAAAGCACAAAGAACCCGGGCCAAGGCCCUCGGGGAAUCAGGCAACUGGGAGCAAGCUGUCAAGGAGUUGAAGGAAAUUGCCGAAUCGAAUCCAGAAGAGCCUGGCAUGCAAAAAGAGAUCCGGAAUGCCGAACUUGAAUUGAAGAAGAGCAAGCGGAAGGAUUACUACAAAAUUCUCGGCAUUGAGAAGGACGCGUCUGAACAGGAUAUAAAGAAGGCUUAUCGCAAGCUAGCGAUCGUGCAUCAUCCCGACAAAAACCCUGGAGAUGAAGCGGCGGCUGAGAGGUUCAAGGACGUUGGCGAAGCUUACGAGUGUCUCAGUGACCCGCAGAAGAGGGAGAGAUAUGACUCCGGGGCGGAUCUGGAGGAGAUGAUGGGGGCUGGAGGUCAUCCUUUUGCCAGUGGCGGUAUGGGAGGAGGUGUGCAAAUUGACCCCGAGAUGAUCUUCCAGAUGUUCGGACAGGGUGGAGGGAUGGGUGGAAUGCCCGGAAUGGGAGGUGGUGGUAGCAGGGGUGGUGGAUUCAGAUUCUCCACUGGAGGCGCUGGUGGUGGUGGCGGAUUCCCUUUUUGA